AUGUCGGAUUCAGAUUCAUCAGAGGGCGAGAUGGGCGGCAUGUUCUCCGAACCCGCAGGGUUCAACCCCCCACCCCCCGAGCCAACCUUCGAAAUCUUUACUCGUGCAGCAAAGGACAAGCAGCCCCAUGAGAUGAAGUUGCGUCUUGUCGGAUCCCACCCUCUCUGGGCCCAUCACCUUUGGAACGCCGCCAAGGUCUUUGCCGACUGGAUGGACGACCACCCCCAGUAUACUACUGGCAAGAACGUUCUUGAGAUUGGUGCUGGCGCCGCUCUCCCCGGUUUCGUAGCUGCCGUCAAUGGUGCCACCAAGGUUGUGAUCACGGACUAUCCCGACAACGAUCUGAUCGCUAACAUCCAAUACAACGCAGAUAACAUUGUCCCCGAGCUCACAAAGGAGGGCAAGGUCAUCGUUCAAGGAUAUCUCUGGGGAAGCAACACCCGUCCCCUUCUCGCCCACCUGAACCCUACCACCAACCCAGAUACCACCAACUCAACACCAUCAGCAGCAGCACCCAAGGAACUGUUCGAUACCAUCAUCCUCUCAGAUCUUCUCUUCAACCACUCUCAACACCGAGCGAUGCUCAAGACCUGCAAGGAGACAUUGAAGCCCGGUACUGGUCGUGCCUUUGUCUUCUUCACGCAUCAUCGUCCAUGGUUGGCCGACGCCGACAACAAGUUCUUUGAGAUCGCCGCUGCUCCCGUGAUUGACCCUCCAGAGGGAGACGAGUCUUCGGAUGAUGAGAGGGACCUUGGCGGAUUCGGGUUCAAGGUCGAGAAGGUUGUCGAGCACAGAAUGACGCCCAUGUUCCUUGAGGAUCCUGGUAGCGAGGAAGUUCGUGGUACCGUCCAUGGAUACAUCCUUUCCUUGCAGUAA